CCGCUCUGACACUCUCACAAAUACACUAACCCUUAAGAGAUACACGGGCCCAAAGCAGCUGUUGCAGUCAUGAAGGUUUUUAUGGUACUAGCUGUUGCAGUGCUCUCUGGCUGCCAUGCCAACCUCUUCUAUGCUGAUGCGCCCAAGCCACAGCUGGAAGUGCUGACUGAUGUUUUCUGGGAUUACAUUGCUAAGGCCACACAGACGGCUGAUGAUACACUCCAGAUGAUAAGGAAAUCUCCAAUUGGACAAGAAGUCAAUGCCCGUCUGAAAGAAAGCGCUGACAUAGCCAGCAAGUAUGCAGUCACUCUCCAGGAACAGUUUCGGCCUGCAGCCCAGGACCUGAUCACCAAAGUCACCACAGAGGCUGAUGUGUUGAGAGAGCGUGUCACGCAGGAGCUAAACACAAUCAAGGAGAAGCUCCAGCCCUACACUGAGAACAUGAAGGCCCAGGUCCAGCAGAGAGUGGAGCAGCUCAAACAGGAGGUGGCCACCUAUGCAGACUCCCUGGAUUCUGAGGCCCUGAGGACCACCCUGAUGCAGAAGAGCGAGGAGCUAAAAACCAGCCUGGAGCAGAGUGUAAAGGAUCUGCAGUCCCAGCUGGGUCCGUACACAGAUGACCUGAAGCAGAAGGUGGACCAGCAUCUGCAGGACUUCCAAAAACGUGUUGCCCCCAUCACCGAGCAAGUCCACGUGGCACUGAGUCAAAGAGCCCAUCUAGUGAAACAAAUGGUGGCUCCCUAUGCAGAAGACCUUAAAGAAAAACUGGACCCUUAUGCCCAAGACCUCCAGGCUCAGCUCAUGUCCUUCUACCAGUCUUUUGUCAACACAAAUUAAAUCAACCUCCACCUGCUUCAUCAUUUGCUAAGCAUGUUAUUUAUUGAUAAGUGCAAACAUUCCAAAGCAAACCCCUGAACUUACCAAAAAUGUAAAUAUUUAGUUUUUAUUAUGUUGUGAAGUUUAAAAAUGUGACUUUUUUGUAAUUUCUGAAAUAA